AUGCUUCCCAGUCCCAGCUCAUCACCGCGAGCAGCACUCGCUCCAUGUACAAAUACGCUUCGAACACCCCAAACUACUAAAUCCGCCAAAUAUCUACCUACGCCACCCAUCGAGAGCAAAACCAAAAGACACCGCCCAGUCGAGCACAAAUCAGUGAAUAAAUCGCACAAGCGUUUAAAACUCGAAGAAACAGAACUGUCCUCGGACAGCGAACAGAGUGAUUAUGACGAGGAAGAAGAUGUCGCUAUGAAGGAGCCUGAAAGUCGGGUGCCACAUGUCAAAGUCAGAAAGAGCAUACCGCACCAUUUAUUUUCGCGUUUCAUAACGUCUCCUGUGAUGUUAAUGGCUUUAGUAGCAUCUUCUCUUCCAAUUCUACAGUCUUUUGUGUCUUCGAACAAAUCCGACGUGUUUAAGUGUCACUCAGUAGGAGGAGAUACAUAUCUAACCCCACCUUAUGCCUGCUCGUAUUCGUCUGAUGCGAAAGCUGGAGGGAAACCAUUGCUGGCAGUCGCGACCGAACAAGGCACUGUGCACAUCUUUGAUACAACGAGGAGAAAGGACUGGGACUGCGAGAUACCCAGAACGACUUACCAGCCGCAUUUCAACGGCAUAUUCGAUAUCAAAUGGAAUCUCGAUGGCAGGUCACUGGCGACUUGUUCUGGUGACCAAUCGACAAGAAUAACGUCCGCAGAAACAGGUGUAAUAACCAAUGUACUCCGCGGACAUACGAGCACAGUCAAGUGCUUGUCAUGGGAUCCUUCCAAUACAUCCUUAUUGGCGACAGGCGGUCGGGAUGGUGCCAUAUGCCUUUGGGACCUGCGGGUGGGUGAACGUGUCCAUGAUACGGAAACAACAGCUUCAGCCCCAGUAAUGACGAUCUUUGGUGCACACGAAAACACGACCGUUAAGAGCAAACCAAAAUCUCGAAAAGGAAAACAGAACCCAUCACCUCGCACAGUUACCAAUUUACUGUACCCUGGAUCAGAGCCUUUUAGCAUAGUUAGCAGCGGUUCGUUUGACGGCAUACUUCGCUGCUGGGACUUGCGAACACCUGCUACCCCGAAAAAAAAGACCGCAAAAUUAAGCGUCCCAACAGAAUUAUAUUCUUCUCUGAUCGAUCCAACGACACGGACUUCUAAACGAGCUAGGGGCAUUCUCAGCAUGACCACCGGGACGGGGCCAUCCGCAGGGCUUAUAUUUGCCUUCAGUGCUGACUCUCGAAUCCACAUCUACGAUCUUCCGAGUUUGAAUGCCCACAAUGCCUCUUACUCCCACGAGAACCUCCAAACAAGUUCCUUUUAUGUAGGGCUGUCAGUUUCACCUUGUGGACGAUGGUUGGCAUGCGGAGGAAGUCCAAAUACGGGAAACAGUUUUCUCUUUGACGUUGAGAACGCUUCGGGGACAAGUUCAAUACAAAGCCAAGGAGUUGAGUUAAAGGGGCAAAUGGGGGAAGUGGGGAGUGUUGAUUGGGCUGCGGAAUCGCUGGCUACGUGUGCGGACGAUGGUACUGUCAGAGUGUGGAGACCGGAUUUAACGACACACAUCAAAUGCCGCGAGCAACCAGAGGAAAGUAGUUGGGACUGGAGUUGGUCAAUGUAG